UUUUGGAGGAACAGUUGGCCUCCAUCGGGAGCUGCGCUGUUUUGGUCCUCCUGGCCCUUCCACCCUCCUCCGCGUUGAGUUUGCGUGGGUGAUUCCUGAGAGCAUUGCAGGCUGGAAGUGCAACCUCCUGCCAUGGUGAAGAUCUUCGUGGGAGGAGUCUCCCCUUCUGUCACAGUGGAUGAGCUGAAGAAGCUCUUCGAGCAGUAUGGACAGGUGAACGAGUGCGACAUCCUGAAGAACUUCGCCUUUGUGCACAUGGAGAAGGAGGACGAGGCCCACAAGGCCAUCAGCGAGCUGCACAAGCAGGAGUUCUACGGGGCCCACCUGACGGUAGAGUACGCCACCUCCAAGAUUCGUAACGCCACCAAGAUCUAUGUGGGCAAUGUCUCCAGCAAGGCCACUACAGCCCAGAUCAAGGAACUCUUUGAGAAGUUUGGCAAGGUGGUGGAGUGUGACAUUGUGAAGAACUACGCCUUUGUCCACAUGGCCAAGGAGAGGGAAGCCAUGGAUGCCAUCUUGAACCUCAACGACAUGCCUCUGGAGGACCAGAAGAUCUUUGUAACACUGUCCAAGAGCAACAACUCGCUCAAGACAACCAAGGGGACCUCUGUGCCACCUCCACCACCUGCACUGCCCAGUUACUACUUCCCCAGGGGGCGCAUCCCCCCGCCACCGCCUCCAUACACCCCAUAUGCACCCAGAUCUUGGUAUGACCGGGAAUAUUAUGACCGCUAUGCUUAUGAGCUCUACGACCGGGCGAUGACUGCCAGGACAGCAUACGAGAGGGUUCUGCCACCUCCGCCCUCUACCCCCACCGCCUACAGAGAGAGGAGCCCUGUGGGCAGGCGGACGACCGCUGCGGUGGCCCAGUAUACUGAUCCCUAUGCUGCCGCGGCUGCCGCCCAGACAUACAGUCAAGUGUACAACCAAACGGGUUAUGCAGCAGUGGCGGCUGCAGCCGCAGCAGCCGCUACCUACUCUCAGUACAGCAUGGGUGCCACCUACAGUGCAGGAGAGUACUAUGAGAAAUACAGCAACGGCUAUGCCACUCAAUAUGCCCAGACGUACUAAUCUUACUGUGCUCAUAGUAGUAAGUGACCAGAGAUCUUAGCUUCGGUGGGAGGCAGAGGCGUGGGGUGGAGAGUAACUAGCCCUAGAACUCCUUAUUGGCACAGUUUUUUAUGGGGUAAGGGAGUGCCACUCCUUCCUAAAGUAGCUCUCUGAUGCCAUCCACAGUGGAUGGAGGUUACCAUGCCUCCUGGAAGGCAGUAAAUAGGCUCCUAUGAACUAGACAACCUUUUAUGUGUGUGUGUUUUUAUAUAUAUAUAUAUAUAUAUAAAAAUAUAUAUAAAGAUAGCCUAGAUUUCCUUUGAAGGUCAAGUAGCGCUGGCGAGAAGUGAGUUUGCCUCCCUCCCUCCCCGUUAAGAAAUUAACCUGCUUUCUUUUUCCUUCAGUCGUCUCAUGCUCCCACUUUCCAAGGUUUGUUAGGUUGCAUCUUUUCUCUACCUUCCCCCCUCAUCCCCUUUCCCUCCUGGUUUCCUUUCCUUACGUUCUGUUUUGGUUUGGUUCAGUCGCUAAGAAAAUAAUCCCAGUUUGGAAGAUCAGUCGCCCGACGAACUGGCCCCCUGCAAGCCUGCACUGACAGCCAAGGCGAUUCUGCUCGUAAUUCAGAGCUGAUCCUUUCUUGAUUCCCCUCCCCUCUCAUCAGUUUUAACCGUUGUAACUUGCAGUGCUCUUUUUCUUUUUGCUGGCUAAUUCCUUGGCGCGGUCUUCCCGUGCUGUGCAUGCGGAGUGGAGUUUUGAAAUGUGUGUCUCUAGAUCCGUAGCUAGGACCAGAUUGGAGGGGGGGGGUGCCUUGUUCUGUUUCUGUACCUCAGUAUUAUAAAAGGAAGUGGAUUUUUUGGUGCAUCCAAAGUCCGUCCGUGUCACGGCUUCUUUUUCCCUUUUUGUUUUUUACAUUGAUGAUUAAACAGCUUGUACAGAACUUCCCGGCGUCUCGUCGUCAAAUCAGCUGCUGCGUCGCUUUAACUGUGCCCAAACCUCCGUGCGGCUCUUCUUUCUCUGCCUCUCUCCUCUGUGCCUAGCGAACGGCAAAACUGACACCCCGAUUUCGCUUGACCGUAUCGCGCUGCCUGUUCCGCCGCGGUUGCCUCAGUUAACGGAGUGACCCUCUUCCCUUCCCAUCUCCCUGUGCCCUCCCCACGGCGAGCACCUUGUUAGCAACCCCACAGGCUGCCUGGGUUUCCCUCCUGCCUUCUGGCCACAGCAUUCCUCUGCUCUAACUCAGCCAGGGCAUCUGUAACUCUGACCUGUUGCAAGCCCCUUAUCUGCUAUUCCUGUUGUUGAGGCCAACUUCCCCCCUCCCUCCCCCACCCCCAUACACAUUUGUUUAGACCUCACUUGUCAGGUAUCUAACAUUUUAACCCUUUCUCCCCCCCCAUUGAUUUUUUUUCUCCAUACACAGCCCGGUGCUCGGAGGCGUAAGGGGGAAAGGGAUCUCGGCUGCAAAGGUGCAGGCAGAGCUGAUUCAAGACAGCGCAAUGCCUUUAACCACCACCCUGCUGAAGGAAGCGUGAAGCCUCCACUACAAGCUUGAGUGAAUAUACCACUC